GUCGCAUUGAUAUGACGUCACGCAACAACAUCCCACAGCUUCGUCGUAGUGGUCAGUUAGCUGAGAACCCGCUGCAGUCCAAUGUAUAACAACAGAACUCCCCGUGUAUUCCGUGUCUUUGAGGAAUAACUACUGAAAAUAUCAAAGGCAAAGUAAUGCGGAUGUCGUGCAGUCCGCCAGCAACCCGACACAACAGCACUGCCAAAAACGGCCUGCUCUGGUCUGGAACUCACGAUAAAUAUACACAAUGGCCGACUCAGAGUCUGCUGUGACAAAUGGACCUGCCGUGGGCUGCGGCUCGACUUGGGCAUGUAGUGACCAGGAACUGUCCGGUGUCGUCAUCGUUCACAUCAACGACAGGGAUCUCAGUCAGGUGGAGGGAGAGAGCACCAAUGGUUGUGCUCCAGUGUUGUUGGAGCAGAAAGAGGGGUCUCCAUGCACCAUGACCCUACACUGUGGCCCCCAGCCUCCUUCCCUCAUUAGCAGCCUGACUGUCAUCAGUGAGGCUCGCACCAUCGAGGUCUACUCUCAAAAAGGAGAGUACUAUGGCACCUGCCGAGGGGAAAGGGAUGACAACAUACAGCCAGACAGCAGUGUAGACAGAGGGCCUUUUUACAGGAAACACCUGGUGUUGGAUUCUCCCUCUUUGUCAUGUGAGGUAAAGCUGUUGUCCCUGGGCGGUAGAUGCAGUGUAGUGGUGUCUCGUAUUAUCGUGGGCCUGCAGCUCCAAGAGCCUCAGCCCACAGGUUGUUCUCCCAGUCCAGGCCUUGAUCCUGGCAUUGACAUGCAGAAGGUCCAGACUCUGGUGGAGGAAAUGGGGACCAGCCUGUCACCAGCAGCCCAAAACCUCAUGGACAUGGUGCACUUCCAACAAAAGAACCAGACUUGUGCUCUCGGGGGUUUCUUGCCUCUCCUGGUGGGCAGUGGGGCAUUUUCUGCCCUGGUGAGAGGAGCCAACAGGCCCCAAGAGACAGUCAUGAAUGGUCCUCAGGCUGCAGCUAGCAUGUAUGGACUCAACGCAACCAUCAACAGGCCCCCUUCCCUCCCCUACACCAAUGGGUCAACAGAACCGUUUCCGUCAGUGCAGAAUGGAUCCAUGCUGUCAGAUUCAGAGUCUGACUCUACCUCUUCAUCCUCAGGACUCUCUCUGCCUGCAUACAGUGAGAGCCCAAGCCCGGUGAACCACGCUCAGCUUGCAGAAAUGAUGUCACACUUUCUGAAUGGCCAGACGCCUGGGCAGGGGUUUGGUCAAGCUUUAAGCUCUACCCCCAACUUCCUGCCCAUGCUGCAGACCGUGUGUGGUCAGGUGACACAGCUAAGGCUUGAUGACGCUGCAGUCACAGAGAAGAAGAGGGAAACCACCACUGGAACAUGGGAGUUAGACCAGGCCAUGGAGCGACGUCUGGAGGAGAUGGAGCAGAGGCUGAAGGAGCAUAUCGACUCUCGCCUGGACGCCCUAGAGCAGAAGCUGGAGAGAGCCUUAGUAGCUGCCCUCCCCCUGAGCUCCCUCAACCAGGGGUCCAAAGCCAUGACAGGGGAGCCAGCGUUCGUUGGCUCUUCAGAACAGAUAAAUGCUACCCAGACCUAGGGGCUACACUAAUCCCAUAAAAGUAGAAGAGAAACAGACUAAACUAAAAUGCCCUACAGAAGAGCUUACUAACCACCAUGCCCUUGGUCUUCCUCAACCAUGGAAACAAGAUCACGCCACCAGGAAAAGGCAGUGCAGAGCCAAAACAUCAUGCUGACCAGACUAAAACACAGGCCCUACUGUCAUUUCAGGAAUAAAGUGAAGGACUCACUGACCGUCCUUCUUCUGGUUAGGCUGAUCUAUAAUGGAGCGUAGUCCACAACAGGUGCCGUACUGAUACAAGCAGAUACUCCUGAUACUGUAGACACAGCCUGGUCCAAAACAAACAGGUACUGUACAAACUCAGAAAAAUAAAGAUCUGUGGUAGAGUCCAAUCCCUGGAUGAAUCUCAAGUGCAAAAUUAUUUCACACUUCAUAAACUAUACUGUAACUACACUGGGCUGGUCUAAAUCACUCCUGUUUACACAGUUUUAGCCUAAAAGGACCCAUGAAAUAAGGUUGAUGACAAUCCAGGAGAGCACAGUUAACUUCAGUCUGGUUUUAAAGCUAAAAAAAAAACUUACAGAAAUUCUAAUUUAAUGCAUAUACCCUCUAUUACAGGUGUAUGUAGAACAGGUCUAACUGUUAAAAAAUAAAUGUUUUAACACGGGGCUACAGUGUUUUCUCUUUGUAAAUGUCUGUAACAUAAUGGCUGUAUACUUAUGUACACUGUCGAAUUUACUGUUUUACCUGUGAUGUACAUGAAUCAGAUUGGUUUUAACAACUGCACUGUGUAACGAAGAGUGGAAAUAAAAUCUAUUUAUA